AUGGCUCCUCGCUACCCUGUGGAUCAUAUCACAGAGUCGAUACCUUGUGAGCUACAUGUCAAAGUGAUGGGCUACUUAUCUCUCAAGGCGGCGAUCGGCUAUGUCUUACCGCCAGUACCUGAUCAAAGAAACUACUGCGGACCGGUUCCACAUGGCUACGUUGUUGCCGGGGUGGAUCAAAUUAUAGAUGGUUCUACUACGGAUACUGGGUUGCCAAAAAGUAUUCUUUCUUCAGCAGCACCGGCAAUGUUCAACUACGGAUACAAUCGCCGUUUUUUCCCAGAACAAGGAGGGGCCAUUGUUAGAAGCUUGCUGGAGCAGAAAGAAUCGGGGUACAUUAAGGAUGAUAGCCUGAUGAUUGAAUGUGUACUCACAGUCAUCAAGCAAUCGGAGGUGGUAAAAACCAAAGGGAACUCUGAAAUCAAGGUGACGCCUUCUAAAUUAUCGCAACAUUUGGGCAAGUUGUUGUUGGCAGAGAAGGGAUCCGAUGUUACUUUCAGUGUUGGGGGAGAGACUUUUGCCGCGCACAAGAUUAUACUUGCUGCACGAUCACCUGUCUUUGAGGCAGAGCUCUAUGGAGAUAUGAAGGAGAGAAAUGAGCAAUGCAUUAUGGUUGAAGACAUGCAGCCUGCUGCUUUCAAGGCUUUGCUGCAUUUCAUAUACACAGAUUCAUUUCCUGGUGUGGAUGAUACUGGUGAUGAUGAUUACACCGAGACAAUCCGCCAUUUACUUGUGGCUGCAGAUAGAUAUGCCAUUGACAGGCUCAAGUUGAUAUGCCAAAGCAUCCUCGGGAAAAACCUUGCCAUGGAGACAGCAACUACAUUGGCUUUAGCUGAUCAGCAUAACUGUGACAGGCUUAAGGACGCGUGCAUUGAGUUUAUUUCGUCUAAGGAUGAGAUGGAUGCUUUGAUGGCAACCCAAGGUUACACGAAUCUCAAAAGAACUUGCCCUUCUGUCUUGUUAGACGUGUUAGAGAAGGCAAGUAAGUUGCGCAAAACGUAG